AAAAAGUAUAAAACAUCCAAGAAUAAUAUUAUGUGCCUUGUCAUUAUUAUUGUAAAGUCUAAUAGCUUAUUUAUAAAUUUUUAGAAAUAAUUAGUAUUUUCAAUGGUGACCAAUAUUAAAUCUACAUUAAUUGACUGAUAGGAUUUAGGAUUAAAACAGAUUUAUUAAUAGUAACUGACGAUGGGUACUCAAUAAAUUAUAAAUGCCUAACAUAGAUGUGCUACAAAUGAAACUAAGGUGCUCCCAAACAAAACACAAUGUAAAAUAAAUAAUAAGAUUCAACAAGGUCACCAAAGCCUAAACCUACAAAGAUUAUCAGGCGAACCUUCCGAUGGAUUUCCGGAAAGUGAUAAUGUUAUAAUGUAUGCAUCAGCUGGCUGCUAGAGAUUCAGCCAUGUCGCCUGAUGAAGAGAGUUCAGAGCUCCUGGGAUCUCUCACCACACAGCAGCAGCAGAGGACCAGCGCGAGGGUAAUCAAGAAGCUGCGACUGGAGUCACCGGCAGACAAGAGGGAAACAACGGAAUGCCUCCCUUCGGAUUGUACCCAAGUUAACAGCAAGGAGGACAAAGACCCAUUAAAAUUCCCGACGGUGAAGCAGCGAAUGCCCAAGGCUCUCUGGUCUGCGGACGAGAAAAGUCUGUUCUUUGAGGCUCUCAACGAGUACGGGAAGGAUUUCGAUGCGAUCACGGCGUAUAUAUGUGCGAAGAUGAAGAAGAAGGGAAUGAUUGACGGCAAUUUGAAGACGAAGACGCAAGUUAGCCAUUUUUAUUAUAGAACUUGGCAUAAGUUGUCCAAGCAUGUGCGAUUUGAUGAAAAUGUGAAGAAGGUAGCGCAAGAAUUGUACGCAUUGAUAAACUACGGCGAACUUCGACGCAAAUUGGAGUCUGUGAGCGAAAAGACGUGCGCGCGGCUGGGUGAGAUGGUGCGAAGUGGAAGUAUGGCGGUGCGAGCGAGAGGGAAGACUCUGCGCGUGCGCACGCCUAUGUGCAGGGCACUGCGCCGUCUCAAUCAGAUUACGGAGCGCGCGUGCGGAACGCGCGUCUGCUCCCGCGCUCAAAUACAGCUGCGAGCUCGGGACGCGGGCGGAUGGACGCGCGUGCAAGCCGCCGCGCAUAAUCCCCGCCUAGCCGCCACGCUGCCUCUUCGUACUACGCUUGUAGCGUUUCUCAGAGCUCUACAAAGACGCUGGAAGAUCGCAAACUACAAACACAUGAUAGAUAUGACAGACAGACAAGACGAGCAGAGCGAGGAGUUGUGUGAGACGAACGACAAACAUGAAGCCGGCAACCACCUUCACUUGGAGACCGAUAGGAUCAUACAACAAGAAAACAAAAGGCACAAGAAGUUGGCGUUGCAUGUAGGCCCCAGGCCUGACGCCGAAAUUCACCUUCCGGUGCUGAGUCCUAGCGAACAGCUGUCCAGCCAGAAAAUAUGCUUCUCAUCGUACCUGGAGAGGAUGGGGUCCUUGCAUCGCGAUAAAGAUAGUGGAGUCAAAAUAAGAACGCCAAAACGACAGAGAAAGGACAGCGCAUCAGAGAAAGAAAAAGACGAUUCGAAAAAGAUGAAAGCGGACGAGGCUGAGGUGAACAAGCUGAUCAAUAUUGACGAGACCGCAAUCGACGGCAUAGAACUGAUGGCGCAGUUCAAAAUGAACUUGGACGACGAUGAGAAACCCAGUGAAGAUGAAAAGGAUCUGAAGUUGGAGGAGGUAAUUGAGAAGCCCAGUGAAGAUGAAAAGGAUCUGAAGUCGGAGGAGGACGUAGAUAGAGAGCCGGAAAGGGACAACGCACUAUCGGAAAGAGAAAAGGACAGUUUCUCAGAGAUGGAAGACGAGGAGAAGUAUAACAAUGACACGGACAACGAGAGUGACGGGAAGCCUGAUAAGGAGAAGAAGAAAGAGAAGUUUAAAAACCUGAAGGUGAAGUUCCGGCUGCGACCAAAGAAACGUGGAGGCAGCAUAUUCACUUUGGUGAUGGAAAAAGAUUCUGACGAUCCUAAAUGCGAUGAUAAAGUGGAAGAGCCGAAGUUGCAGUUAGAAGAGGAGACAAAACAGUUGAUAGACGUCGAGUUGGCAACCCAGCAAAUACGGACUGGAUGGAGUUGCCACGAUGCUGGUGACCUCACCAUUGGGGAUCUGUAUCUUAUGUUCGGUUCACGAUCACGAUUGGAGCUCGACUAUUGGUGGGCGGUACCCAAGCCACCUUUGCCGCCGAAACUGCAUAAAACUUCCGAGAGUGACAAGGACAGAGUGCUGGAUAAGAGAGAGAAGGGCAACAAGACUCCGGAGAAAAACGACAGUUCUGUAGAAGACGAAAAAGAUCGAAGCGACUCGGAUAUGUUCGUGGCGAACAAUCAGUAUAGCCAGGAGAGCAAUGACGCCCUCUCUGGAGACGAGAGGAAGGGCGAAGCAUUUGCGUCACCGGACCACAAGUCUUCAAGCACUCUGAAGCUGGUCAGCAAGUUGGUGAACAAUCCCACCCAGAGCCGACCCUCAGAUGGAUUUGCACAACUGUCUGAUAGAUUACGUAGACUUCUGGCCCUGGCGGGAAACACCCAUGUCGGCAGCGCAGCGUCAACUGUCAACAAAUGCAGUUGCGGCCACGUGUGUCCGCAGAAGAAACAGAAGCAGCAAACGUAUCCGGUGCAGAUGUCUUCGCCGCUGGCUGGUCCCCCGGUGUCGAGUGAAAUGUCGUCGGUGUUUCGACACCCCACGCCCAUCGCGCCUAAACCUGACGCCUGCGAGAAACGUGAAUGGAGCUUGGAGGGUCUACCACCGUGGCGCCGCGGAAGACCGCGAGUCCCCCAGCGUGUCGUGGUGCAACGAUUGUUACCGUUGCUGCCCAAACUGCCGCCAACCAGCAAUUUAAUCCCAGUAAAGUUGGUACCGAACUCGUCUCCUCAAACGCCGGUUAGAAUCCUGCCAAAACCGCCGCCGCCAGCUCCCACUUCUACCGCUGAUUUGUCUGCGUAUUAUGUGCUGACGGAAUCCAAUGGACAGUUUUUCUUCCACGAUGGCGACAGGAGGAUUCCCAUCAACCCGCCCGAAGACAACCCCACGGACACCGCCGAUAAUGUAAAGAUCGAGAGGCAAGACGUGAAGACGGAGCUAGCUGAGACCAACGGAGAUGGAAAUGACAGCUCGCUGCCUUCGAAGAUCGAAAUUAAACAAAAUGACAGUGAAACUGACAUGACAGGUUUCCUACGCACGGAGUCGGUGUCGCUGUCUCCGUCGCGUUUGCUGCGGGACGAGUGGCUCGAGGGCUCGGUGCAGGACUUCUCGCUCAGCUCUUUCCUAAAUCAGCUUGACGGCAGACCGAAUGCUGAACUCGGGGUGGAGUCGCAGCUCCAAUCGCUGAUGGCGGAGUCCAGCGUGGACUAUGUAGCCAAAUUUGCGGAUCUGGCCGCCGAGGUCACCGACGAGAAUGUACCCGAUGACACUGCCCUGGACAAACACUGAGACACCGUUCAAAUAGGAGAUUUUUAUAAGUAGUUUUUGUAGGCAUUUGUAGAUCAGUCGUGAUAUAUCACUACUGGGAUUAAAUAUACAAUUUUAUUUAGUACCAAAAUUUAGGGAUGAUGUGGAGCUCGACUGCAUAGUUUUGAAAGAGUGAUAUCUCAAGUAAAUUUUCUAAUAUGCAAUUAUUGGGGUUGAGCAGGAUAUCAAAAGUAUAGUAGAUCCUACAGAUGAAACCACAACCUGGGAGUUGUACAAGACAUACCAAGACUUACGAUUGAUGUUUCACUCGGACGAUUGACUCAAUUGGUAAGACGUAUCGGCGUUGGCUUCCAUAAAUUUUGGUACAAAUUUGUACCUAAUUUCAAAUAUUAUUGCGAAAAGCCGCUCGAGAAAUAUUUAAAAUGAAAAAUUAACAAUUCUUAUUUCUAGAUGUUUCUAUGUUUGUAUCAUGGAUAACAACUACAUAACGCUUUGCUUAUAACCAUUAGCAAACAAAUUGUGUAUUAAUUUCGCUUUCAGUUUUUCAGAGAUAAAAAUAUAUAUUAUACCUAGUCUAGAUUUCACAAAUAGAUCAUAUUACCGAUUUAUAUAUACAUUUGAACACAUUUUGAAAAAUACAUUGCACAGCUACAUAGUGUGAGUAGUUGUAAUGUCAGUUAUUUUAUUAUAAUGUAAUAUAUAAAAGAGAUCAUUUAAGGACCCGUAUGGGAUAAUUAUCAUGUACUGAACUAUAUCACUCGCCCACCCAACCGUAAAGUAAGAGUAAAUAUAUUGUAUUGUACAGUUACUCUCGUGCCGUUCAUUGUGUGAUCUAUUUUCACAUAAUAUUUUAUGUUAAACAGAUCACACAUUACUCAUACUUUUGUAUAGUUAUAGUGUACUAACGUAUAUAGAAUUAGCUCAUACCGAUGCGUUAUAAGUAGUAACAUAGAGCUGUUUCUUAUUAAAACGGCUCUGUUCAGCCCUGGAUACAUAUAAAAAUAUAGUGUUAGUAUUAUAAGAAAAAAUAACAAUGUAAAUAUUAUAUUAAUGUCACAAUAUAUAAUAAUGAAAAUGAAACUUAAUAAUGUAUCAUGUGGCCUUACGAUUUUAUAAUUUAUGGAAAGAAUGUAUUUUAUGUGACAUUCAAUAAUUUGAGCGAACUUCGGCCCUUGCCGAAAAUUUUACUUAUUUACAUUAUCAUUUUUAUGUAUUAAUAUAAUUAUUCUAUUUGUCACAUUGCCUUGCAUUCAUGUUUUACAAUAAUUUAUUUUAUUUCGAAUAAAAUAAUCGAUAAUAUAAUAUUAAUAUCGAUAUUAUUACCUAAUUGUUUAAAUUUUAAGAAAAAUUGUCAUUCUACAUUAUUUGAAGGUGUGCACAGACCGGCGUUGUGUAAGGCUGGAUUUGGUGCUCGACGUCAGAGCUCACCGUCGGUCAACCGUAGCUAUAACAAUGAAAAUAUAUGAUGGCGUACAAUCCAGCUCUGAUGAAUUGCUACGCGCGUACGGCUACGUUGCGCUGACGAGAAUCAUCGGUCCGGCGUACGCCGAUCCGCUGACGCGUUAGGGCUCGCUAGGGCGAUUAGGUAAGUGCGAUACGAGCAACCGGCCGUACGCACGUGCGUAAUAUCGUAAUCAAAAAUCGUAAACAAAAAUUAUUAAAUAUUGUACAAAAUUCUGAUUCAAUUAGGCGCUCUGUAAUAUUAUUAUUAUUAUUUGAAGAGGGUGGCUAUUUCCUGGUCCUAAAAGGUUCCUAGUAACACCGCGUCCAGAAUUGGACUAUUGUGUUCGCCACUCAUACUAAAGCUCAUCGUCAAGCCCUGUCGCCUUUACGAACCGCAGUAGUUCCCUGACGCGAGUGUUGCAAACACUAUCUGGUGGUACGAAGUAGUUACCAAAGAUUGUGUUACGCUUAUGCAUUAGUGGGCCGCAGUCGCAGAGUAGAUGAAUAGGUGUUUCAUCAUCCUCAAGGCAGAACCUGCAAGCUUUGUCGCUUCUGAUGCCGACCACACUGAGGUGCUUGUUUAGGCGACAGUGCCCGGUUAGCAUCCUAGUGAGUAUGCAUAGAUUUUUCCUGUUCAAUGAUAGGGCUUCAUUCGCAUAGCUACUGUUGAAUGCCCUUAUCAGUGCUUUAGAGUGGUUUAAACCUGAAGAGUUGUUCCAGCGUUUAAGUGCUUCUUGUUUACAUUGGUUACUCAGGGUGUGUCGGAUGGCGCUCUUGGGCAGUCCACAAAUGGGUUCCGGACCAUAUCGGACUGCUUUAGCCCCAGCUCUUGCGAGCUCAUCGGCCAUUUCAUUGCCUAUGAUUCCGGCAUGCCCUGGGACCCAUCUGAGAAUCACUCUGUUUUUCAUGCCUAAUGAAUUCAGGCAUUCAACGCAAUUAUUGACUAACUUAGACGACGUCAAGUCAGCGUCUAAAGCCAACAAUGCUGCCUGACUAUCAGAGUGAAUGUAUAUGUUAUGAUUGAAGUAGCCUUUUUGGAUAUUGGUUUCCGCGCAUUCCAGGAUGGCGUACACCUCUGCUUGAAAUAUGGAGGUAUCUUCCCAGCUUUGUGCUGGAUUUAAACCUGGGGCGUUCUCCAUAGACCCCACAGCCGACUUCAUUUUCCAUUUUGGACCCAUCGGUGAACCACAUGAGGCUCCCGUCCUUCCACGUGACUUUGUUGUUCAUCCAGUCGUCCCUGGCCUUCCAGGGACACAUAUAUCGUGGAACUACCUUUAGUUCCACGAUAUAGCGUUUAACAGAGAUUAAUUGUGGAAUCAUCUGAUCAGGUAACAUGCCUAAUAUGUGGUCUCGCAGAACUGAGUCCUCUAAGGUCCUAAGCGUUUGCGACAUCCAGUUACAUGAACCCCCCUGGGCGAUUGCCCUCAGCAUGCCUGCCUUCGCCUCUUGCUGUAUGAACAGUGGAAGAGGCGGUAGGUUUAGCAUUGCUUCAAUGGCCGCACCAGGAGUAGACGUCAUGGCCCCGGUUACCAACAUACAGGCAAGCCUCUGCAGGCUAUUUAGUCUGUCUGCAGUUGUUUUCUGGUUGGCUUUGUUCCACCACACAAUGGAGGCGUAUGUGAUUGUUGGUCUCACAAUUGCUUUGAAUAGCCAUAGGAGGAUCUUGGGGUGCAUUCCUCAAUGUCUCCCUACCAGACGUCGACAUACACCCAAGGUUGUUUUAGCCUUUUUCACGGCUUUGUCGAUGUGAGAAUUCCAUGUGAGUUUCUGGUUGAAUGUGACUCCCAGAUACUUAACCUCAGCUGAGAAUUCCAAAGUAGAGCCGUUCAAGGUGGGAGACUUCAGUUUGUUAAGUGUCCGUUUCCUCGUGAAUGGCACAAUAACAGUCUUCCCUGCGUUGACUGACAGCUUGUUGGCUGAACACCACUGUGAGAUGGUGUUUAGCGCCUUUUGCAAUAUAGAGCUUAGUAGGCUUUGGCAGAAACCUCUGACGAUAAUAACUAGGUCGUCUGCGUACCCUAGUGCAUCAAUCCUGAGUUCUGCCAGCUUACUAAGUAGUUUGUCUACUGCUAGUGUCCAUAGAAGUGGCGAAAGAACGCCACCUUGUGGGCAACCUCGCGUAGUGUAUAGCUCCAGUGAUGUCCCAUGGAGGGAGAUUAGAGCUUUGCGAUUUGAGAGCAUUGACCUUACCCAUUUGACAGUGGUGGAGUCUACAUUUUUGUUAAUUAGUCCCUUCACUAGCGUGUCUGUCGGGGUAUUGUCAAAGGCGCCCUCAAUGUCUAGAAACGCACAGAGUGCAAUCUGUUUGUCUUGUAACGCCUUCUCGACUCUAUCCACAAGUUGUAGAAGGGCCGUUUCUGUAGACCUGCCUCUACAGUAGGCGUGUUGAGAACUAUGAAUGGGCUUUAGGCUUAGAGCAUCCUCUCUUAUGUGUCUGUCCAAGACUUUCUCAAAAACCUUCAGGAGAAAGGAGGUAAGGCUUAUGGGUCUGAAGGAGCUUGGCAGGGAGUAGUCCUUUCUGCCUGCCUUAGGUAUAAAUAGUACUUUAGCCCUAGUCCAUUGUUCUGGAAGAUAGCCCCAGGCAAAGCUUACCCGGUAUAUUUUGACUAGUAGCGGUACUAGGAUAUCCAAGCCUUUUUGAAGAAGCGCUGGAAAAAUGUUGUCUAGACCGCUUGACUUGUAGGGUUUCAGAGUCUUGAUGGCGCACCUUAUAUCCCGGGGUCUGAUUAUCUUUGCCGCUCUACGCCAGUCCUCGCCAAAAGGCCGUUGUGUAGGCGUUGCUACAGAUGGUUGAUGGGUAGCCCCCGGAAAGUGGUGGGCCAUCUGUACUCUUACGUUUUCUACCUCGUCGGCUGUAAAAGAUCCAUCUGGUCUCUUAAGCAGGCCGAUUUGGCUAGGUUUGUCCUUGGCGAGCAGUUUGUGUACUCGGGAUCCUUGGGGAGUUUUAGAUAAAUCCUCGCAGAACCUUUUCCAUGAUGCUGAUUUGGCCUUCCUAACUUCUCUGUUGUAAUCAGUUAGGUCUUCUUUGUAGGGUUCCCAUUCUUGGGUCUUUUUAACCCUGUUAAACAGCCUUCUGGAUUUCUUCCUUAGUUUGUUCAAGUUUGAAUUCCACCAAGGCACUUUCCUAUUUGAGUGUUGUAAGGAGAGAGGGCAGCUAGCCUCGUAGGCGUCAGUGAUGCCAUCCGUGGUUACUUUCACUGCCAACUCUAGCUCAUCCAGGGUUCUGAUGCGCUUAGGGAUAUUCUCCAAAUUACUCCUGAGUUUCUCUUAGUAGACAGUCCAGUUUGUUUUCUUUGGAUCCCUAAACGUAUAUGUUUGUUUUUCGAGGCAAGCCAAGAUGUCAAAUGCUAUGUGUCGGUGAUCCGAUAGCAAAAUUUCAUCACUGACUCGCCAGUUUGAUAUUCGCCUGGCAAUGUUGUCGGUAGCGAAAGUAAUAUCUAGAACUUCCUGCCUGUUUGAGGUAACGAAGGUUGGCUUAUUACCUCUGUUUAGUACCUGUAGGCCGUUAGUGUCUAAGAAAUUAAGAAGUUGCUCACCUCUGUGGUUGACGUCGCUGCUUCCCCAAGUUGUGUGGUGCGCAUUGACGUCGGCCCCGACAGUCAGUUCGGCGUUGUUGCGUCGUGCAUACUCGACCACUCUCGCCAAUUCUGUUGUCGGGUCUUCUUCUUCAUAUGGAAGGUACGCCGAGCAAACGAUCAUCUUGGUGCCUUCCCAACCUUUGAAACAGAUAUACGCCGCAACAAGGUCGUCGGUGCAGACCUCUGUAACAGGUAAGAAAUUAGUGUUCUUGUUGAAGACUAUGCAAGCUCUGGGUUUUGAUCCGCUGGUAUUGUAGAUUAACUUACCAGCGGUGUUCAGUCCCAGUAUUUUGCCGGUGUUACCCCACGGCUCUUGUAGUAGGGCAAAGAGGAUUUCACUACUCGCAAGGCAUUUCUCCAUUACUGCAGUAGCAGCUUUGGCGUGGUGGAGGUUUGCCUGGAGUAUCCUCGCCCUAUUUCUGCGGUGCGUCAUUGGAUCCCACCGGAGGUGGAAGGCUUAGGUCGGUCUGUCUUCUGGUAUGGGUGUUUCCGCCCGCGGCCAGAAUUAGCCCGACUCUGAUCCUUCCCUCCCCUGAGGGGACCUGAGACGUUCCUCGACAUCGGCUCUUUGCCCCGGAACGUAGUUGUGGGGGCAGCCGGCCGUUGCGGGGUCCUUGAGAUCCCGGAUGUUCCCGGUCGCACAGGCCCGCUGGUCUGGGUGGAUUGCUGUCCACUCACUGCUGCGGAACCCUCAGAGACCCCCUUGAUCUUAAAAUUGAUCUUUCUAAAACCAAGGGCAGCUCUGCACUCGGACUCUUUCAGAGUCUCCGCGGAGGGAUCGUCCAAGGAAAAAGUGACCACUUGGCCUCCCUUGUCCUCCCUCGCGUGGAGCACCUUCCAGUGUUCGGUGUUCAGUCCCGCAUUUUGCGCUCGGAUCAGCUUCAGUGCCUCUUCGACUGUGUCAGCCUCAGUGUUCGGCAGAAAAGUCGUGGCUAUGGAGGGUUUGGGCAGUUGUUCCUCCAGCUCUGUAUUAAAUGAAAGAACAUGAUCUUCUCCUACUUUUAUUCUGUAAUUGUUUGCUUAAGUCGUACGCACAUAUUAAAGAGGUUACAAAUGGAUUCAUUUUUCUUUGCCACUGUACACGUUCAAACAAGUUUGCUGUCAGCUGAUCACUAAACACACGGUACGCGAUACGCUCGUCUGAUGUCAGCGCUCUCCGUCGGUGGAGCACUAAAUCCAGCCUAAAGGUGUCUUGUAAAAUAAAAGAAAAAAGAAAUUAACAACUAAAACAACUGACUUCAAAAACACUAUUCCAAAACAAUAGACAUAAUAUGCACUAAAAAGUAUUAAAAUAAUUGCGUAUUUUUAUACAAUCUAAUUAAUAAAUCAAAUUCUAGUUACGAUUAUUGUUAUUUUUGGAAUCGGUUUCCUUCCGCAGCGACCCGCUCUGGCCUCUCGCCUCCUCACGACGCACAUCUCUCCUAUAACUAUGUAUGUAGUUACAAACCUAUCUUGGAUGCCACCGACUCCAAAAAUUACAAUAAUCGUAACUAUAAUUAGAUUUAUUAAUUAGAUUGUAUAAAAAUACGCACUUAUCUUAAUACAUUUUAGUGCAUAUUAUGUCUAUUGUUUUGAAAUUGUGUUUUUGAAGUCGGUUGUUUUUUUAUUAAUUUAUUUUUUAGUUAAUUUCAAGUACACUAACUAAGAAUUUGUCUAAAUAUGUGUAGAUAUACUAAAUAUUUCAAUGCAGCAAUGAACGUAAGCGCUUAAUUGAAGAGUUCCGUUACUUUGCCAUGGAUUCCGUAAUCAGAACCUACCCAAACUCUCACCAAACUAUCUUUGAAGUAUAUCCUUUCCAAUAAAAAAAGAAUCAUCGAAAUCGGUUGGCGCGAUAUUGAGUUAUUCGUUAAUUUAUCUUAUUACUUUGCUAUUCGUAUGUAUUGCAAAUUUAAGACUUUUAUGGUUUACUCAUGGAUGCCACUGUCAGAUCUGGACCAAAUUACAAUGGGACCACACGGGAGGCACCAGCUUUAAAAUAAAAGAAUUAUCAAAAUCAAAAAGUUUUGAGGUAACAAACAUAAAAAAAAUACCGACGAAUUGAGAACCACCUCCUUUUUUGAAGUCGGUUAAUAAACAGCUCAGAAUGGGAUGCUAACUUUUUAAAACGAUGAUACUUUUUUUCAGAUAACCGACGUCAAAAAAGGAGGAAGUUCUCAAUUCGUCGGUAUUUUUUUUAUGUUUGUUAGCAAAGUGGAUGAUAAAUUUACGAAUAACUCAAUAUCACGCCAAGCGAUUCCGAUGAUUCUUUUUUUAUUGGAAAGGAUAUACUUCUAAGAUAGUUUGGUGAGUAAUUUGGUUACGGAAUCCAUGACAAAGUAACGGAACUCUUCAACUGGAAUUAGAUUCAUUAAUUAGAUUGCAUAAAAAUACGAUAUUUUUUAGUCCAUAUUAUAUCUAUUGUUUUGGAAUAGUGUUUUUGAAUUCGGUUGUUUUUUUAGUUUGUUAAAAUUUUUAUUAUUAACGCUAGGUCACUCAAGAACUGUCAUUUUAUUACGUUGACAAUGGUCAGUACCGUUAAUACUAUCGAGCAAUUCGUGCAGUCAGUACGAAGUCAGACUUCAGUCAAUACGUUAAAGUGAGUAGCCAAAUCACAUAUGUAUUUAUCAAACUUAUUUAAAAUCUGGUCAGUUUGUUUAUUUUAAAAUCAAGAUUUCAUUCUGUUUAUCCUCAUUUUAAUUAUACCAUAUAUUAUAUCGAAUCGCGGCGAAGAAUGAAAGAGAAAGAGUGUGUAUAUACCUGUAUAAAUACCACAGGACAGGCUGUUCCAUAAUAUGUUUGACAACAAAUAUUUUGUGUCUAUUUGAAGUGCCACUCGCGAGCUUCCAGAAAACUAAUUUUGACGUAUAAUACAAACGGCUGCGAUGGAACGUACAAUACUCUGGAGUGUUUUGCAUUUUGAAUUAAUCUCGUUCGUUUUCCGUGUUAUUUUCAACUUAAUAAAGUACACAUUUUUUUUAAUAGUUUCCCACCAUCUAUCGAUGAUUGCUGAUGCUGGCAUAACUAGUUUUAGUAGACUCUCGCUACAUGGCCAACAGCGCCAAAAUGGCGAAUACCAAACAGGCAUAAAAGAACUUUGACAGCUGCCAGUCCAGUGGUAUAUAGUAGAGGUCAGUGGUUCGUAUGGUUUACCGAAGACUAUUAAUAGUGAAGGUAUACAUUUUGCCGGCCUUAGUUCGACGAUAUCUUUCGUUUGUGGUCAAACCUUGAACUAAUAAUUGGAGUAAAACGUAAGGUACUGGACUGCUUGUUGUAACUAAUAUUGAGAAUAGGCUGGAAAGAGGCAUAACUAAGAAUAUUACACACAAUUUAUCUUUAGGAGCAAGACGUACAACAUAGUCCCUGGGAAUGUAUUACGUCGGUCAGUGGGUAUCACCAAUUUUUAAUUAUUAUAGAAUGUUGUAAAUUUAGACUUUCUGUAUGCAUUGUUAAUUAUUAUAACAUUAUGUUAAUUUGUCUUUUUAUAGUUAUAAUCAUAUGAAUAAAAUUAAGUAGGUAUAUGGUUAUGUAAGUUUUAUUGAGAUAGAAGAACACGAAUAAAUAUCAUUUUAAAUAUAUAAUUCUUUUGUAUGUAUGUUUGUCGCUGAAUCCUAUCUAAUAUUACUACAAAUGCGAAUAUAUGUUUGCUUUCACGCCAUAAGUACUCCUUCGGUACAAAAUAUGUCUAGGGUAGGUACAUUUUACCCUAAAAUUGUUUCCCAUUGAAUACUAAAGUAGUAUUUGUUGCGUUUAAGAAUCGUUGUUGAUGCUUGAGCUGAAAUAUAUUUGUCAGUUAAGCAUGUAAA